GGGGCUCUAACACCCUCACGCACUGCUCGGUGACUGUCCCUUUAAGAAAAUGCACUUGCAGCCAUUUUCUGCUCUUUGUGUGGGGUGGAUUAGCACUGGGUAGGUACGGGGUGAAACUAGAGCAUCAAUCGGAACAGAAGACGAGGGAAAAGAGAAAUCUGAUCGCCGUCGCACACCGCGACACCGUCCGCCCGCCUUCGGAUCUCGCCGGCCGGACAUGUGAGUUCCAGACUGGGGUGUUGUGUGAGUGACGCCUUGUUACCAUGACGACCCACGUGACCCUGGAGGAUGCCCUGUCCAAUGUGGACCUGCUGGAGGAGCUGCCCCUCCCGGACCAGCAGCCAUGCAUCGAACCCCCUCCCUCCUCUAUCAUGUACCAGGCUAAUUUUGACACCAACUUUGAAGACAGGAAUGCAUUUGUGACCGGCAUCGCCCGUUAUAUAGAGCAAGCUACAGUCCACUCCAGCAUGAAUGAGAUGCUGGAGGAAGGACAUGAGUACGCUGUGAUGCUUUACACUUGGAGAAGCUGCUCCAGAGCCAUUCCCCAGGUGAAAUGCAAUGAGCAGCCCAACAGAGUGGAGAUCUAUGAGAAAACGGUGGAGGUGUUAGAACCUGAAGUGACCAAGCUCAUGAAGUUCAUGUACUUCCAGCGGAAAGCCAUAGAACGUUUCUGUAGCGAAGUGAAGCGUCUGUGUCACGCAGAGAGAAGGAAGGACUUUGUGUCUGAGGCCUAUCUGCUCACUCUGGGCAAAUUUAUUAACAUGUUUGCAGUGCUGGACGAACUGAAGAACAUGAAGUGUAGCGUUAAGAACGAUCACUCUGCCUACAAAAGGGCAGCUCAAUUCUUGAGGAAGAUGGCUGACCCUCAGUCCAUCCAGGAGUCCCAGAACCUCUCAAUGUUUUUAGCCAACCACAACAGGAUCACUCAGUGCCUGCACCAACAGCUGGAGGUGAUUCCCGGCUAUGAGGAGCUUUUGGCAGACAUUGUCAACAUCUGUGUAGACUAUUAUGAGAACAAGAUGUAUUUGACACCCAGUGAGAAACACAUGCUGCUUAAGGUGAUGGGCUUUGGUCUGUACCUGAUGGAUGGGAACGUCAGUAAUAUCUAUAAACUCGAUGCCAAAAAGAGGAUCAACCUGAGCAAGAUUGAUAAGUUCUUCAAACUUCAAGUGGUGCCACUCUUUGGAGACAUGCAGAUAGAAUUGUCGCGCUACAUUGAGACAAGUGCCCACUACGAAGAAAACAAGUCCAAGUGGACAUGCACCCAGAGCAGCAUCUCACCACAGUACAACCUGUGCGAGCAGAUGGUGCAGAUCAGGGAGGACCACAUCCGCUUCAUCUCGGAGCUGGCGCGCUACAGCAACAGCGAAGUGGUGACGGGCUCGGGCCUGGACAGCCAGAAGUCGGACGAGGAGUACCGAGAGCUGUUUGACCUCGCUCUCAGGGGUCUGCAGCUGCUGUCCAAGUGGAGCACGCACGUCAUGGAAGUUUACUCAUGGAAGCUGGUUCAUCCCACGGAUAAAUUCUGUAACAAGGACUGUCCAGGCACAGCGGAGGAAUACGAACGAGCCACGCGAUACAAUUACACCAGUGAGGAGAAGUUUGCCCUGGUGGAAGUCAUCGCCAUGAUCAAAGGGCUGCAGGUUCUGAUGGGCCGAAUGGAGUCAGUGUUUAACCAGGCCAUCAGGAAUACCAUCUACGCAGCGCUGCAGGACUUUGCCCAGAUGACCCUCCGAGAGCCCCUGCGCCAGGCUGUACGCAAGAAGAAGAACGUCCUCAUUAGUGUUCUUCAGGCCAUCCGAAAGACAGUCUGUGACUGGGAUGGUGCGAGGGAACCUCCAAAUGACCCGUGCCUGAGGGGGGAGAAGGACCCAAAAGGUGGAUUUGACAUCAAAGUGCCACGCAGGGCUGUAGGACCCUCCAGCACACAGCUGUACAUGGUGCGCACCAUGCUGGAGUCAUUGAUAGCAGAUAAGAGUGGCUCGAAGAAGACUCUCCGCAGCAGUCUGGAUGGACCUAUAGUGGUGGCCAUAGAAGACUUCCACAAGCAUUCCUUCUUCUUCACACACCUGCUCAACUUCAGCGAGGCCCUGCAGCAGUGCUGUGACCUGUCCCAGCUGUGGUUCCGAGAGUUUUUCCUGGAGCUGACCAUGGGUCGCAGAAUCCAGUUCCCCAUUGAGAUGUCCAUGCCCUGGAUCCUCACCGACCACAUCCUGGAGACCAAGGAGCCUUCCAUGAUGGAAUACGUGCUGUAUCCUCUAGACCUGUACAACGACAGUGGCUACUACGCUCUCACUAAGUUCAAGAAGCAGUUUCUUUAUGAUGAAAUUGAGGCUGAGGUUAACCUCUGCUUCGAUCAGUUUGUCUACAAGUUAGCAGAUCAGAUAUUUGCCUACUACAAAGCAAUGGCUGGAAGCGUCCUCCUAGACAAGCGCUUCAGAGCAGAGUGUAAAAACUAUGGCGUGAUAAUCCCGUACCCUCCAUCAAACCGCUACGAGACGCUGCUCAAACAGAGACACGUACAGCUGCUGGGUCGCUCUAUUGACCUGAACCGUCUGAUCACCCAGAGGAUCUCGGCAGCGAUGUACAAGUCUAUGGACCACGCCAUCAGCCGCUUUGAGAGCGAGGACCUCACCUCCAUAGUGGAGUUGGAGUGGCUGCUGGAGAUCAACAGGCUAACCCACCGGCUCCUGUGUAAGCACCUCACCCUGGACAGCUUCGACGCCAUGUUCCGCGAGGCCAACCACAACGUCUCCGCUCCCUACGGACGAAUCACGCUCCACGUCUUCUGGGAGCUCAACUUCGAUUUCCUCCCCAACUACUGCUACAACGGAUCAACAAACCGCUUUGUACGUACAGCCAUUCCCUUCACCCAGGAGCCUCAAAGGGACAAGCCAGCCAACGUGCAGCCUUACUACCUGUAUGGGUCCAAGCCUCUGAAUAUUGCCUACUCCCACAUAUACAGCUCCUACAGAAACUUUGUUGGCCCGCCCCACUUUAAGACCAUCUGCCGUCUCCUUGGUUACCAAGGCAUUGCUGUAGUGAUGGAGGAGCUGCUAAAGAUUGUCAAGAGCCUGUUACAGGGCACCAUCCUGCAGUACGUAAAAACACUGAUUGAAGUCAUGCCCAAGAUCUGCCGCCUACCGCGCCAUGAGUACGGCUCUCCAGGUAUCUUAGAGUUCUUCCACCAUCAGCUCAAGGAUAUCAUUGAGUAUGCUGAGCUGAAGACAGAUGUGUUCCAGAGCCUCAGGGAGGUGGGAAAUGCUAUCCUCUUCUGUCUGCUCAUCGAGCAAGCUCUGUCCCAGGAGGAAGUGUGUGACUUGCUUCACGCCGCCCCCUUCCAGAACAUUCUGCCCAGAGUCUACAUCAAAGAGGGAGAGCGUCUGGAGGUCAGGAUGAAAAGGCUGGAAGCCAAGUAUGCCCCUCUUCACCUUGUGCCUCUAAUUGAGAGGUUGGGAACCCCACAGCAAAUUGCCAUUGCCCGUGAGGGGGACCUGCUGACCAAAGAGCGCCUGUGCUGCGGCCUCUCCAUGUUCGAGGUCAUCCUGACACGCAUCCGCAGCUUCCUGCAGGACGGGGUGUGGCGCGGGCCUCCGCCCACCAACGGUGUGAUGCAUGUCGACGAGUGUAUGGAGUUCCACCGCCUGUGGAGUGCCAUGCAAUUCGUCUACUGCAUCCCCGUGGGCACACACGAGUUCACAGCAGAGCAGUGCUUCGGGGACGGGCUGAACUGGGCCGGCUGUGCCAUAAUUGUGCUGUUGGGACAACAGCGUCGUUUUGAUCUCUUCGACUUCUGCUACCACCUGCUCAAAGUCCAAAGACAGGACGGCAAGGACGAGAUCAUCAAAAACGUGCCGCUGAAGAAGAUGGCGGACCGCAUUAGGAAGUACCAGAUCCUCAACAAUGAGAUCUUUGCCAUCCUCAACAAGUACAUGAAGGCGGUGGAGACGGACAGUUCCACUGUGGAGCACGUUCGCUGUUUCCAGCCUCCUAUACACCAAUCCCUGGCUACCACCUGUUGA